UAAUGUUGUCCAAAGAACUUAUAAGUUUAGUCACUGUCAUGUUGUCAACACUCGCGCACACCACAUCCAUGUUCAACGGGGAGCCCCAACUCACUAUAAAAGCUGAGAGAAAUAAGGCAUUCGACGAAUCCUGUCUAAUUAAAAAGUUCGAGAUAAAUAAGGAAAACAUAGCAGAUUGUUUGAGCCACUGUCUUGAGGACUGUCGAUGUCAGUCGUUUCAAAUUUGCCAAAAUACAGAAUGUCAACUAUGUUCAAGUCACAAAGAAGAAAACAGUUCAUUGCUUCAUGAUCAAGAUGGCUGCGUCUAUGCUGUUUACGAUUUAAGACAUUUAAUGGACGUUUUUCAGUUCCAGGAAUUCGACGAUCAAUGCACUGGAUUGAGUUGUUAUAUGAAAUACAACUGUUGUCAACGAUCAGAGCUCUGUCCAGGCAAGAAAAUAUGCAAACCACAGAACUCCACUGAACAACCCUGGAAACGAUUCACCUGCGAAUGCCAAGUUGGCUACAAUGGAGACAACUGUGACCAGACAAUCAGAUCGUGUGCCGGGUAUUUGGAUCGCCCCCGACAAUCAGGCAUGUAUAAAGUGUUUGAUUCUAGCAAUUCAUUGUAUGAAGUAUACUGUCAUUUUGAUUCUGAUGGCCGUGCUUGGACGCUGGUGCAGUCGUUUAGCUUCGCACGGCGAGCAGUCACAAAUAGCGUUUUUCAAGAAAAAUUAAGUGCAGACCAUCCUGUCAGUGAAAAUGAACUACAAUGGAGCGGUUAUCGACUCAGCAAAGCACGAAUGCAGUCGAUUAAUCUGGAUUCAAAUUAUAUCGCGUUCACUUGUGACUACAAGAAGGAAGACGAAGUCAACAGUUUGGAUUAUCUUCAAAUAUCACUCGAUGACCUUAAAAAUAAAGAUAUCACAACAAAAAAUCCAAACAAGGAAGUGUUAACUUUCGAGGGUAGGAUUAAUGAAAAAAGUUUAACGGGAUGUAAAGUAAAGCUUCACCAGAGUGACAGCGGCUUACAUGUACAUCUGGAAAGCAAAGAAAAUUGUGUGUUUAAUCCUACAAACCCAAGUGGCUGCGACAAAUUUUAUUAUUUUAGCUACUUUCCUGACGCGGGUUGUUUGAUGGAAACUCAUCGUUGCUCCCAAAAUGUAAAUUCUACAACACAACUAUGGUUUGGACAACUUAGGAAUUGAAGUUUUCAGAGAUGUGU